UUUCGCUUUCACGCUUUAAAUAUUUGUCAUUUCUCUCUCCCAAAAUUUUUUAAUAACUGUAGACUCGCUUUGUUUUCAAUUUUUCAAAAAUAUAAUGCUUGGAUCAUCCUCUCCUACUCUGAGCGCAUCGAUGGAAGCCUCUUCAGCCUACACCCAGGCCAUAUCCGGUACACGACCAGCGCCUGGUACGGUGGAAUUUAGUAAUUACGUCGGGAGCAUGCGCGCUGCACCCACCAAUUCAACAGCUCAAGAGAAAGCCAUUAAUUCAAACAUAGCUCUUGGGCCAAACAUUUACGACCAGACCAAGAAGGACUCUGCUCUCGAAAGACUAUUAACAAUUGUCAACCUGCAAGCGAUGGGUGUCUUUCAGACACCAGGUGCAAACUUGGAACCUUUCCCACCGAUGGGUACUGGCACCAAUCCUGACGCUGAUAGCGAUUCUGAAACUGUGUCCAAUGUAUUGUAUGCACAGCAAGACCAGUCGCAAGACCAGUCGCAAAGUCAAAGUGAUAUUUAUGACCAGCAGAACCACCACUCACUCGACCUUUGCUGGUCUCAGCACUCGCCUCUGCACAUGCCGUUGAUAUCUCCUCCAAAGGCGAGUCCGCCUUACACGGAUCAAAAGCCACAAUCCGCCUUUGGCAUUGCCAGGGUGGCCUCGGAUACGGCACUGUCAAGUCGGAUUCCAUUUUGCACAGAAAAAAAGUUCUUUAAGGAUUCGAGCUUGCAUCCGCGAAUUCAGUACGAUAGAAAGCUCUCCUCGACCUUUCCGUUGACAAGUUCUGGUCUGAGUCAAACAAGCCUGCACAACCCAGGCAAUUGCAUGCAAAAUAGAACAAAUACAUUUCCGGCCGGCUUGUUCAACCACAAUUUUGGAUUUAACGGCAACCUCCGAAACAUGCUGCUCAGUGGCAGUGAUAUCUCCUUAUUAAACUGCAACAAUAACAAUAACAACAACAGUAGUGACAAUGGGAUUAGUAGCAUGGAAUUCGCGGAUAAUAUGAACGAAAUUUCAAAUUGGAAGAGUCAGCCACGCAACUCCAUAUCGAGAAUGCAGAAAAUGGAAUUUUACAGGUGGCUUAUCAAAAACAUACAUUUUCCAUUCCCCAGCGAGGAAGAUCGGUUGGGUCAGCUAGCGGUAGAUGAGAUCAGUGAGCGGAAAUUUAAGUAUUGGUUUGCCAACAUCCGCUGCCGCCAGUUCAACAAAAACCGCAAAGCCAACGGCGAAAUUUUUUUUGUGCCAAACGCAAAGUUCUACAUGUCAUGCUUGCGCCUAAAACUGCCCAUUCCGCAGGACAUCCCGAAUAUUUUUAUUGACGAGAUUAAGCGAAUGAACACGCGGUCUUUUGCGUAACACAGAGCAUGAUGUGUAAUAGAUACACCACUUUUUUAACUACACGUUUUUCAGUAAAUAAAAAAGGUUGUGCUUGAA